GCGGUAAAGGCUUUCUUGACUACGUUAAGGAUUGCGUAUUAUAUACAGAUGAAUAUAGGACCAGCAUCUGGCGAAAUAGAACAUCGCAGACUAUCAGUAUAAAGCAUAUCAUGUGACAGGAAAAGCGAUAAUCUGGCGCUGUGAGUGAGGGAACGUUACACAAGUAGGUUCUCCCCCCGCGACGGACGCGCUACGCGGGUAUAGUUAGGACAGAACGGUUUGUCAGCUGCCGUCCCCCACCGUUUGACUGUAGGAAGGAGCGAGAGGGAGAACUCUCUAACGGCCGGCUACUCGAGAGUCGAGAACGCACCCCCUUACAGACGGGAGUUAGAGCGGAGGUUUGGUUCUCCGUCGUCAUUCAAGUGUGGUAGCUGUGAAACUGUAAGCAGACGAUCGUAGGCAGACGACAAGGAGCGCGCGCUGUGAAGUCGGCCGUCUCAGGUGGACACGAGACAGACUCGACUAUCGUCGGCUCUGACAGAUGUGCAAUUAUUAUUAUAUUCAGAGGAAGUCCUGUGAACAAAUUAAAUUGGUCAUUUUUAGUUUUUGUGAUAUUUCCCACUGAAUGAUUUCACCUUGGUGGUGGGUUGGCAGUUGAUUGUGUGGUGCAGUAGAUGGCUGGUCAGUUGGCCGGAGGUUGAUCAGUGGACGCGCGAGGAUACCUGUGAGACUAGAGUGGACAACGUCGUGCGUACGAGAUGAAGCUGACGCCGUGGUGGUGCAUGUUGCUGUUGGAGACUAUUGGGAUGUACGCCGUCAUGGACGCCGCACCGACCAACAGCACCAGACACUUUCGUCCUGGGCGCCACGUCUGUGUUCAUCACCGUCAGAUGGCGCAACCCAUCCCCGUGCGGCAGAGCUACAUCCGGCCCAUGUACCGCCAGACUAUGGGAAUGUGUGACAAUUACAGGAUCUGUCCCCGUUAUAGUGUAGCUUACGGGGUAGCGUUCCGUACCAUCUUCCACGUCCGCAUCAGCACGAAGAGUGUCCACGACUGCUGCCCCGGAUGGGGUCGGAAGUCAAAGCGAGACAAAGACUGCUUGAAACCGGUCUGCAAGGGAGGGUGCUUCAAUGGCGGACAGUGCACGGCCCCCCACACGUGCGAGUGCUUGGAGGGAUGGACGGGCAAGACUUGUGACCAAGAUAUCAACGAAUGUGCAGGACCCAACAACUGUCAACAGGUCUGUCACAAUCUACCCGGAAGAUACGAGUGCGCAUGUCAUGAUGGAUUCGAUCUGCUUCCGGACAAAGUGACGUGUAAAUUGUGCAUCUCCUGCAUGUCGGAGUACAAGGAGAUGAAGACCACAAUCAGCCACCUCAUGGUCAAAGUGAAGAAUCUCGAGGAUGAGAAGAACUUCCUGAUGGGGAACGUGUCAUACCUGGCCGACCACUACGAGGAAGCUAUGGUAACCAUGCACGAGCUGAAGCUAGCUACCAGGUCCCCACCCACAACAACGACGCCUGACCCCAUCAAGUCCCAUCCGGCGUACGACCAGCAUGGCUCCAUCCCCUUGGACCGGAUAGCCUCGCUGAGUGAACAGAUCUCACUGCUGGAGGAGAGGCUGGAGGGAUGUACCUGCAGGAACAACGAAAAACGACGAGGCCGGGGAAACUACUGAAGAUACAGAAGAUGACGUGGUGUUGCUACUGACGUGUUUUGGACACUGACGUGGUGUUGAUACCAGCGUGGUGGUGAUAAUGACGUUGUAUUGACACUGACGUCGUGAUGACGCUGAUGAGGUGUCGGGUGGCGGAUGUAGGCGGAAUGCAGCCACCUAUAAAGUGAAUGUCGGGAUGAUCUGCUCAGCUGCACCUGUCAACACCGGACGUUUUCAAUGUGUGCGCCAACAAGCUACAGACGCUAUAUAUUCUUGCAACAUCCAGCAUUGGCCACAUCAUACAUAAGACGAUUUAUGAUUUGUACAUCCCGGAAGUGACGUCACCUACAUCUACCACCAAAAGGACAGACUAGACUGUUUGGUGGUCCGUGCAGACACGCCCCCUCCUGUACAGACAUACUACUUCCUGUACAGAUAUACUACUUCCUGUACAGAUAUACCACUUCCUGUACAGACUACUGUUCGUCCAUGUCGUGUGCCUCUUCGCGAACGGUCCGAGAGUAUUCUCAGAUCGAGCUUCAUUUCUCAGGAAAAUCGAAUGUGUUACUCAUGCUACAGACAUACUGCUUGUAUACUGAUAGAUGUAUGGGUGUGCUUUAUCUUCACUGCAAGUGUAUACACUACGUUGUACUUGAUAUAUCUGAUGUAGCGAAACCCGGAAGUCCAAACACCGUCAGUUCGGAAACCUGUCCAUCUUAAUAUCUCUGGUGGUAGCGUCUAAACUGGCGGGCAAAAGGAAAUAUACCGAUGUUUUUUUUAAAUAUAUAAUUGAAAAUUGAAAUAACUGUUGUAAAAUUUGAUUAUGUCUACUAUUUUGCAUCCACUCAUUCCUUCAACUCUUUGUAAAACUGUAAAACGUAAUCUGUGGCUGGGGAAUUUGGUAUAAACAUAAAUUUGUUCAAUGAAGACUGGAGUAAGACAUGAAUUUGCAACCACAUGACUCCUAUCAUGUUUGAAAUGAUUUUCAAAGAUACGAUGUCUGAGAUACCCAUUAGCAGUUGUGUAUUUUAUUUAAAAGUUAAAAAAUUAAACCAUGUAGAAACUUCUUUUAGUGCUGACGAAGCACCAGGAAAGUUUAUUUUUGGAUAUAAUAUCGCUAACUUAAGAUAUUUUCAAUUGAAAAUCAAACAUAUGAUAAAAUCAACUGAGACGGACAGUUCCCUUUGCUCUCCGUUUAUAUAAACAUGGCUUCGUGCCUGACAGGAGCUUCCUUUAUAUCCAGUACGAUAAUACAAGUAAACUCGGCAAGCCUUGGUGUGCUUUGGAUGUCGUACUUUACCGUAAUCUGGCAAUCUCAAGUUAGUUCAGACAGUUGCUAUUGAUAUAAUACCAUUCGAGGGUUGAUUUAUAAGUUCUGUUCUCUGGUGCUACCCACCUCUUUACGGUGACAGAGGAAGGGGCAUCCUUCACAGUGUUAUAGUCGUAUCUCCGUGGAUGGCUUUUGGUGUUGAGCUAUUUUUCUGCUAGUACUUGAUCACUGCACACGUUCCUCCAGUUUGUCCAUUUUCCAAACUUCACAGACCUCCUUUUCUACUGAUUUGUCACAUAGAAACAAUUUGCUCAAUUGUCUCAGGUGUUUUGGUAUAUACCUCUAUGAUAUCACGAAAGGUCCACCACAAAAGCCUUCACUCUUCCUCGUCGUCUAGGUGGAGCUCAGAACUUCUCAAUCAACCCCCGUAUAACAAGUAAAACCAACCUUCUUUAACAUUACAUAUUUGACUUAUGGAACUAAUCCAUUUUAUAUGCUUCUCCUUCUGAAACGCCUGGUCAUAAAUUAUUAUCUUUGUCUUCUCUUUAUCGUAUGCAAUUAUUAUAACGGAUUAGCUUGGUGGUGUAUAUCCUACGCUAAUGAUAAUAAGUUCAGUGUGGAAAUAUAUCCUACAUAACUAUAAUAAUAAGGUCCAUGUGGAAAUAUAUUCUACGUAACUAUGAUAGCGCCCAUAUAGCCAAUAUCAUAUAAGAUAUAUCGGAGAGAUAUAUGAACUAAUAUAUAACAGUGCUGGUUUGGUGAAGAUGUUUCUCGUCACAACAACUGAUAUUACGCUUCAUGGUGAGGCAAGGGUAAGACGCCAUCAUGAUAUUACACUGAAUGACAAAAUAUUAAUAUUGCUAUGGUGAGACAAUGGUGUGGCGUUAUAGGGUCACGAUGGAGAGACAAUGUAAUGACGUAAUAACGUCGACAUGGUGAGACAAUGUAAUGACGUAAUAACGUCGACAUGGUGAGACAAUGUAAUGAUGCAAUAACGUCGACAUGAUGAGACAAUAUAAUGACGUAAAAACGUCGACAUGGGGAGACAAUAUAAUGACAUAAUAACGUCGACAUGGUGAGAAAAUGUAAUAACGUAAAAACGUCGACAUGGUGAGACAAUGUUAUGACAUAAUAACGUCGACAUGGUGAGACAAUGUAAUAACGUAAUAACGUCGACAUGGUGAGACGAUGUUGGGAUAUUGUAAUGUCACCAUGAAGAGACAGUAUUGUGACGUCCUAAUGUCAAUGGGGAGACAACGUUAUAACCUUAUGACGUUAUCGGUUGUAAACGUAACGAUUUGUUAGAAGUAGGCAUGCUGCCACUAGGAAUACCGUGUUCAACCUCUGUCGUCGCGGACAUUGAAACUGUUGUAAUUAAGAUUCUUUUUCGAAUCGGUUAUCCGAUGUCUAGCUAGGUAACCGAUAUAAUAGUCAAAUGGUACCCUAUUACAGGACAUCAUAUAUCGAGACGUCUGUCGGAUCUCGUGUGUAGAUGCACGUGCUUGGAUGCCUGUGUAUUUCAUGUCUUGAAUGUUUUCAAAUAUGUAUGUAAAUAUUACAAAAAUGAUUCAUAUUUAGAUAUAUCUCUGUCGCUGUGUCCUUUGUGCGCUAUGUAACACUGUGAGAAUAUAGUUGUGUACUGUGAGAGUAUAGAUAAGUAGAUACUGACGACAAUUGUUUGAAUAUAGAUAAAUAUUGUAAGAAUAUUGACGAGUACUGUAAAAAUAUAAACGGAUACUGUGAGAAUAUAGACGAGUAUUGUAAAGCUAUAGACAAGUAGUGUAAGAACAUAGACAAAUACUGUUAGAAUAUAGAAAAAUACUAUUAGAAUAUAGACGAAUAUUGUGAGAAAUCAGACGCACGUGUGCCUAAAGAGUAUAUACUCCGUAGAUUAAUGUUUGAAUUAAGUCCUCCGUCAUAUAAAACCAAAGGAGUAAAAUAGUCCAUGUCCUGGUAAUGUAUAUAUGUUACAGGGAAUACGUAUACUCAGGGCCUAAUCUCUGGAAGUAUCAGGGCUGAUGUGUAAUGCCUGAUUCACUCGAAAUUGACAUUUGAAACACGCUUACCUAGCACUAUACAUCAUUUAUGUGAGACACAUAAACACGCUUACUCAGCACUUUACAUCACUUAUGUCAUACACACAAACACGCUUAUCCAGUGUUUUACAUCACUUAUUUGAGCCACAGAAACAGGCUUACCCUUCACUUUACAUCACGCAUGUGAGACACACAAACACGCUUACCCAUCACUUUACAUCACGUAUGUGAGACACCCAAACACGCUUACCCAUCACUUUACAUCACGUAUGUGAGACACCCAAACAAGCUUACCCAUCACUUUACAUCACGUAUGUGAGACACACAAACACGCUUACCCAUCACUUUACAUCACGUAUGUGAGACACCCAAACACGCUUACCCAUUACUUUCAUCAGUUAUGUGAGACACCCAAACACGCUUACCCAUCACUUUACAUCACGUAUGUGAGACACCCAAACACGCUUACCCAUCACUUUACAUCACGUAUGUGAGACACCCAAACACGCUUACCCAUUACUUUCAUCAGUUAUGUGAGACACCCAAACACGCUUACCCAUCACUUUACAUCACGUAUGUGAGACACCCAAACACGCUUACCCAUCACUUUACAUCACGUAUGUGAGACACCCAAACACGCUUACCCAUCACUUUACAUCACGUAUGUGAGACACCCAAACACGCUUACCCAUUACUUUCAUCAGUUAUGUGAGACACAGAAACAUGCUUACUCAGCACUUUACAUUGCCUAUGUGAAACAAAGAAAAACGCGUACCCAUCACUUUACAUCACUUUUGUCAGAUACAAGAAACACGCUUAUCCAGUGCUUUACAUCACUAAUUUGAGCCACAGAAGCACACCUUCCCAGCACUACACAUCACUGAUGUGAGGCAGCAAAACACGCUUACCCGGCACUUUACAUCACUUUUGUCGGAUAAAAGAAACACGCUUAUCCAGUGCUUUACAUCACUAGUUUGAGCCACAGAAGCACACCUUCCCAGCACUACACAUCACUGAUGUGAGGCAGCAAAACACGCUUACCCGGCACUUUACAUCACUUUUGUCAGAUACAAGAAACACGCUUACCCGGCACUUUACAUCACUUUUGUCAGAUACAAGAAACACGCUUACCCGGCACUUUACAUCACUUUUGGUCUGUCUCCCAGGCCCUACAGAAUAAAUUGAAAAAGGAGUUCAACUUAAGUCUAGAAUGAUUUGGCAAGUCUAGUUUGCCUCGGAUCAAGGAAAUUAAGGGUCAUCUAGGCUCCAUUUAGAUGAUAUUUUGUUUUAUUUUGUAGAUAUAUAUUUUUGAAAAGGAUAACUAUUUCUGAGACUAAAUGUUAGUCUAAACACACGUGAAACACAGGCACGCUUACCCAUUUUGACGAUCCAGAAAUCAAACUUUUCACUCACUUAUCCUUAUUGAAGUAUUUGUGAGAAGUCUAUAACGUUUAAGAAAGGUACAAGUAUGAGUGUGUAUAAACAUGCACUAUUUUCAGCAAAUUACAUGGCAACAUUUACAAGUUUCAGUAUUCGGGAUCCUAUCCGCCUUAUCCUUUACUUGCCGGGUGUCAGUUGUAAAGACAACGAGUGGGGGUAAGAAUUAAGAGAAUGGGUUAUGAAGACGAAGGCUAGCACGGUACUGGCAGACCAGUCAAACAGAGCUUGAAUUUAAAACGUCAACGCCAGAGAAUAACCAGUCUCGAUUAUCCGCCGAAACAGAUUCCAUUGGGCGUGAAAGAAGCAGUGGUGAAGAUUAUAUGAAUCACUAAAAAAUCAGUGACGACACCAGGUGUUCGUAAAAAGGGGCAGAAGAACAUGUUCGACUGCAUCCAUUCAAAACCUAUUCUGACAAAAAAUUCACUUCAGAGAAUAUGUAUAAUCCUAUUUUCACUAUUUCAAGGAUUAUGUUUAUCACAUGAGGGAACCAGGUAUUACACCCCUCCCUAUGCAUAUUCCUUGUAACAUAUUCCCACAUCUUAGCCCUGGUUAAGCAUAUACAAGUCACUUGACUAGGUGCACAAAAAAAACCAUUAGUCCUGUUAGAUAAAAUUGACGACACUCUCAAAUUAGCAUGUGAAUAAUACAUUCAGCCUUGAGGUGAAGAAGAUAUAUACAAUGACAGCUCUUAACAUGCCUCAUAUCAAUGAAACGAUUCCAUACCUAGCAAAGGUAGGGUUAGCUACGCCCCGUAUAGCUUAGUUAUUAGUUAUAAUCUUUGUCAUGCAAGAAUUCCAGACGAAUAAACACACUUGUUCGUUUUAUGA